GUGAACACAGAAGACAGCACUGGGAGAAACAGGGAGAGAAGAGGAUCAGCAGCUCCUCAUGGCUGUUUCUCACUGGCUCCUCACUGCUGUAGUCUUUCUGCUGCCCUUCAUGACUCAAGUUUCAGCACAGGAAAAAGGAUGUUCUGUCGAUAAUAACAAACCAAGCAUUUAUGAAAAUAACAAGCCUGGCGACGUAGUGACCACAAUACAUGUGGAACAAGGCUUCACUGUAAUGAUUGAUCCUGCUUCCCCUGAUGCCAGUUUUUUCACUAUACAGGGGCUUGAACUGCAGCUGAGCCAAACUGUGGAUUAUGAGAAAGACACCUUGCUUCUGGUGUUCCUGAUUUGUCAGAACGCUGCUGGGCAGAGGGAUUCUUUGGAAAUUAGUUUGACCAUUCUCAAUCAGAAUGAUAACAGCCCAGAGUUUGCAAAAGAGAAUCUCACCAGAACUGUUCCUGAGGAUACAAAAGUGAAUGCAACCAUUGUAGCCCGUACAGAUUUAAGCGCUAGCGAUGCUGACCUGGACAUCAUCUUCUAUGAACUCACAACAAUUGUGAUGGGAACAGAUGGUUAUUUUGCCAUAAGAGGAGUUAAUAACCCAGAGAUCUAUUUACAAAAAACAUUGGACUAUGAGAAAUUUAAAUCUACAACACUGGCCUUGUAUGCAAGGGACAGGCCUGUGGACAGCGCUGACAUCACCCACACAGCUACUGCAACAAUAAAUAUUGUUAUUGAACAAGCUGACACCAAACCACCCUGGUUCCUGCCCUGCACCUUCAUCAACACAGAGAAGAGUGUGUGCAUCAGCAGCCCCUACACUGGGAGGGUCAACAUGGCCGAGAUGUCGACGGAACCACUUGUCCUAGAGCCAGGGCCUCUCUAUGCUAUUGAUCCUGACUACACUUUAAAUGAAAAAAUCGUGUACAGUAUUGUUGGAGGGGAUCCAGACAAAGUAUUCUCAGUGGGUGCAGACACAGGGAAUCUAACCAUGAACAAAGUAGCAACUGCCCCAGACUCCUACCUAUUGCAAGUCAUGGCCACCCAGGUCAACAACAUACAGAAAUAUGCCAUAGUUAGUGUAGAGAUUAAGGUCAUAAAUAAAAGUGACUAUCCACCACACUUUGAGAGCAGGAUCUACAACGGGAUAGUAUCUGUUGGGCUGGCCCCAAGAAGCUUUGUCUUCCGAGCUGGUGAUCCUUCCAGCCCCCUGAUGAUAACAGCAAUGGAUGAUGACUUCCCUGAUAAAGUCAACCCAAACAUUGAGUACUACAUAAAGAACAGCACUGAUUUCAUUGCAACGAAAGAUGGACUCAUCCUGACAAAUGUGGAGCUGCAGUCACCAGGAACAGUAGCCAUUGAGGCUGUUGGAAAAGAUAUGGUGAGCCUGCAGAAGGCAAGCACUGUAAUCCUGGUGGAGAUCACACCUGCUGCAGCUGUAACCUCCCCCGAUAAAAUAUACACUGCUCAGGAUAUGGGUAUCUUGGGUGGUAUAUUAGCAGCACUGCUAUUAAUUGCCUUAGUCCUCCUUGGAAUAAUGAUCUAUAAACAAUAUGGAAAACCAGUCAAAUACCUGAUAAGGAAAAAGUUCUCCAAAGAAAUGUCUAGGGGUUACCGGAACCAAUCCUACCAGCAAGAUGAACACCCAUAUGUGAACACCAAACAGCAAGAGAUGUCAGAAAAUGGCGAUGUCCAUUUACACAUGACACGUGCAUUAGAGCAUUCAGCAUUUUCCUUGCCCUCGUCCAGUGCAGAAGAAAUCAACAGCCAACCAAAGGUUUCUGUGGCUUCCACCAUCAUCUUUGACCAGGAAGAGAAAGAGAAAGAAAUGGAAGAAGAGGAACAGAAAGCAAUAGAAGAAGAGAAACAGAAAGCAAUAGAAGAAGAGAAACAGAAAGAAACAGAAGAGGAGACUGGGCAGGAGAAAGAAGUGAAGUCUAUCCUCAAGACAGACAGGCACACAGCAGAUGAUGGCUACAAAGCUGUGUGGUUUAAGACUGACGUGGAUCCAGAUGCUGGAGAGAGGGUUGAAAUUAUUGAGGACAAUGCAGCAGAUGACGAUGAUGACAGUGACCCAGAUCUGCAGAAGCAGUAGCAGAUAUGUCACAGAUGCAGUGGCAGAAGAUGACAAUGACAUAUAAUGGAAAUGGACCUGCACUCCCCACCCAGAAUGGGUGAAUCUCAGCUGCUUUGCAGAGUUGAAGCCCGUCUUUCUGCUCAGGGGGGAAACUGGAAUGCAGGAGGAUGAGGUUGCCUGUCCUGCUUGUCUGAAUGCAGCAAUUAAAGCCAGAAGAGACUACAGGUAAUUCAACCUUAGUGAGACACUAAAAGUGAGGAUUUUGUGUGGAGGAAACACAAAUCUCAUAUCUCUACCUUCCUGCCUCUUCCCCUUGGAGCCCCUAAUGUCACACUCCCCAAACUGGCUGCAAAUACAGCAGAGAUGUAGCUGAAUUGAUUUGGAAGCACUUAGCCCACCUCACAGUAGUAAAUUUCUGCAACCGGAUGUUCAUCUCCUCUUGGCAGGUAAAUAAGGCAGCACUGACUGCCUGGCUGUUCCCUUUAGGGUGUUAGUGUUUGAUGCCAGCUGCAAGGUGUCAGCCAGCACACGUCACCCUGACCCUGCAGUUGCUCAGAUGACUGUAUCCAGGAGCUCACUGCAGGGCUUGGCUCUGCUCUCUGCUAUGCCAGACUCUGUCCACAAGCAGCUGGCAUGUGCCACCAUGGUCCUCAUCCUGCCAACAGCCAGUCUACACACUCGGGAGCUGCUGUUUCCUCUGUCCUGCUAAGCAAGGACUGAUCUCAUGUUCUUUACUAAAGGACUUUGUCAUCAUUUUUUCUAUGUCAUAAAAUCACUAAUUGUGCAGUACUUCUUUAGCUGUCUGUCUCAUACCUGUCAGGGAAAAGAGCUCCUGCCAGGACCAGCCUAUGAAACAUCAGGGGUCUUUCUAGCUUUCUGGGCUUUUGGCAGCAAUGGGUAUCAUUCCAGUGGUGCUGAAUGUGGGGUCAGCAUAUUGUUUCCCAUUGUUUCCCUGUCCAACAGGGCUCAAGGCCUUUUUAUCAUUGUUGCAGAAGGUGGAGCUCAGCAUUGCCAGAUAUCACCACCAUUUCUCUGCUCCUCUCUCAUCUCAGAUGCCAACCCCUUUGCAUACCACCUUUUUUCAUUCAUGAGGAGAAUAACAGGCUCUUCUCAGUGGUUCACUGAGAGCAAGUCAGCUCUGCCACGCUUGGCUUGAGUCCAGGCUUGAGCUAGAAUGCCUGCUAAUUGAUUUCAUGGGGUGACAGCACCAUAGCAUGUUGGACCCCUCCUCCCUCAAUCCUCCCUCAUCUUUCAGCAAUAUUGUCUUCAGUUACGGUCCUGCCAUAAAGCCCAAAUUCAGAAAAGUGAGCACAGCAUUUCUGGGUGGCAUGGGGAGUAAAGUGUUUGAUGCUCUGGUCUAGAUGCACACCUGCCACCAACCAACCUCUUCUCCCAGUUGGCAACCAAAAGCUGGGCUGAUUUCCACUGGCUGAGAACAGAGCUGUGUGCAUUUGCAUCUUCUGAUCUAACAGCACAAAAUUUAUGCUGCUCUUGGUUUUCUCAUUUUGGGGCAGAGCAGACAUGGGCUGUUGAGUGUUUAACUUCCAGUAGAAAGCUCAGUAGUGUCCAAGUAAAGGAUGCAGCAGAAGGAGCUUGGGUCACUAAUGUUGAUCUCACUUUCUCAGCUUAGCACAACAGCAUAGAUUGCAACAAAGUAAGUCUCAUGGCAGACAUACAACACCAAGAAAUAAUCCUGCCUUUUCCCUAUAAACCAAGAUGCACAUUGCUGCCAUCAUUCCAGAUAAACCCUUGAGACAGGAAAACCAAAGCAUGGCUGCUGGGAUCCACAUGUACACCAAAGCACAAAUUAUUUCCAAGGAGGCUUUUAUCCUCUUGGUCCAUACUUUCUGUCUGUACAUCUCCCUGUCCCAGUGUUGCUAGUGCUCAGUUCAGCUCUCCUUUCUCUGAGAAGUGCUGCCCUUGCUGUGUGGACUUUGGGACCUGCACUUUUGCUGAAGGUGGAGAUUGAGAUGUGGAAAGCUUUCUUCCUUACUGCAAUAAAGCUAUUUGCCCAGAAA